AAUUUUUUAACGUUUGUAUUUGUAAGCAGGCAGUUACAUACAGGCAGUACAAGAAGGCAGUUGCACAGUCACAUAGUAGGGGAACCUGUUGAACCUUGGCACUAUGUGUAUUAGGCCACUGGGCUCGUUUCAAAUGAUCGCACGAUAUUAAAUUUUACUGUCUAUGAUAUUUGGUACAUCACAACCGACUCUUCAAUAUGAAGUUCGUCACAUACCGCUAUUAAGCCGGUGUUUUUUGUAAUUGACGUUAAAACCUUUUUUCGGAAAAAAAGUAAGUAUUUCUAAUAUAUUUUGAAGUCUGAUAGUUUUAAACGUUUUAUAAUAGUCAAUUACUUUUUACAUGCUAUGGGUUCUUAUAUUCAAGUGUCCAAACAAUAAAAAAAUUACGAGAUAAAUAAUUUUGAAGAUAUUAAAAAUUCCUCGUUUUGUUGAAGUUGCAGUGGUGUUGUACCUCAGUCACUGUCGACCAGUUGUUCCUUGGUCAGUGGCCAAUACAACUACAACUACAACAGAGUACAACACCUAGUACAACUGGGUGUUGUACUCUGGCCUUGGUGUUUUUUGACACGGAAAUUUCUAGAAAAGUAUCAAAAAUCAGGCCUAGAAGUAAAGAACUGAAGAAAAGGACACCAAUUAAUGUGAAUGAUCUGACAAAUGCCAUUAAAAUGAUUAAGGAUAAAAAAUUCACCACUUUCGGUGCUUCCAAACAUUUUGGAUUACCAAGAACAACUUUGCGUCAUCAUUUAAAGCACUGUUUGGAAAUUGGUAAAGAUGUAAGCAAGUUACAUGAAAACCUUGCAGUUAAUCAAGUUUUUGAUCACACCGCAGAGCAAAGUUUGGUGGACUAUAUUAAAGACGCAGCACACUUGCAAUUUGGAUUGACUCUAAAAAACGUGAAAAUACUUGCUUACCAAUUUGCAAAAGUGAAUGGAGAAAAGUACCCUAAGAGCUGGGAUACAAACAAAAUGGCUGGAGAUUAUUGGCUGCGAUUAUUUAGGAAGCGAUACCAAAGGAAAUUGUCUUUAAGAAAGCCUGAAGCUACUAGUUUGGCUCGCUCUUCGGCGUUUAACAAACAUACUGUGAGUUUAACAUAUGAAAAUUUUAAGAAAGUUCUGUCUCAAUGUCCAUCUGACAUAAAAGCCACUGAUAUUUGGAAUUUAGACGAAACUGGAUUGUCCACUGUCCGUGUUCCUCCAAAGAUACUAGCACCUCUUGGAAUGAAGCAAGUUGGGUCAAUGAUUAGCACUGAAAGAGGAACGACGGUUACAAUGAUAGCAGCUAUUAAUGCAGGCGGUGGUUUUAUUCCAGCCAUGCUGAUAUUCCCUCGUGUAAACUUUAAAGAUUUAUGAUAACUGGUGCUCCUGAAGGCAGUAUUGGAAUUACCAAUCCAUCCGGUUGGUCAAACGAGUCCAUAUUUGUGAAAUUCCACUAGCAUUUUAUCAAAUAUGCAAAGCCUACCAUAGAACAGCCUGUCAUUCUCAUAAUGGACAACCAUGAAAGUCAUAUUUCGGUACUCGCAAUACAAAAAGCCAAAGAUAAUGGUGUAAAGCUUAUUACUCUACAUCCACAUACUAGUAAUCAUAUGCAACCAUUAGACAAGACAGAUUUUGGGCCUUUCAAGACUUAUUUUAAUACAGCGGCUAAUGUGUUACUAAUGUCUCCAGGUCGUGGGGUAAAACCAUUAACUAUAUAUUAUAUUGCUGGCUUGGUGGGAAAAGCUUUUCCUCUUGCCUUCACACCUAACAAUACUUGUAAAGAUUUUAGUUCAACUGGUUUCCAUCUUAUAAAUGAAAACAUCUACAUAGAUGCUGAUUUUAUGCCCGCAUUCUAUUCUGAUCGCCACUUACUGGAAAAUCACCCACCAAAAUUGAUCAGGUGUCUGUUAUUCAGCCGACUGCUUCAGGUUCCAAAAAUAUACACAGAGAAUUGCCAACUUUUAUAUUGCCAGGUAUAAUACGCCCUUACCCAAAAGCCGAACCUUUUAAAGAAACACGAAAAGGAAGACAAAAAGUAAGAUCCACAAUUUUGACCAAUACACCAGAAAAGAAAGGAAUUGAAAAUAUAAAGGCUAAAAAAGAUGUUUCAAAUAGGCUAAUGAAUAAAAAAAGACUCAAUAGUUCAAAAAAGAGAAAAAGAACAAUUCUACCUGAACCAGAACCUAGUGAAGAUUCUAACAGCUAUAUAACGAGUGACACAUUUGAAGGUGCCUCCGACAAUAACAACGAUGAUGAGAACCUACAGUUUGAACAUGUUAAUAGAGAAAAUUACAUUAUUGGAGACUAUGUUAUAUUUUUAUAUGAAGGUUCCUAUUUUGUCGGAAAGGUAGAAUCAAUAUCUAAAGAAGGUAUAUUACUGAAAUCAAUGCAAAAAUCACUUAAAAACUGGAAAUGGCCUGAAAAAGAGGAUUUGAAUCUGUGUCCAAUAAGUGACAUUAUAGAAAAAAUUCAAACCCCGCAAAAAGUUAACAAGAACAGAGAAAUUUAUUAUAUUCAAGAGACACAAAAGUACUGGGAUUUCUACUAAAUGAAUAAUAUAUCUUCAUAUUAAUAGUAUUCUUAU